AUGUGGCUCGAUCGCCUGGCGGGAGCUCCCACCGGCCUCUCUGGCCAGUCGACGCCUCAGCCUGGGAGCAGAUCAUACUCCCCUCUGCCGCGCAAGAACUUCCCGGCAACCCUUAGUCCGUACGUGACCUCUCAACGGCCCGGGCACUCUCCUCGGGGUUCCUCCCUCUCCCUCGCCUCCAACGAGUCCUCCACGUCGGCCUCGUUGCUCUCCUCGGCCCGGCGAGUCAAUGGCUCCGGCUUGCGUCAAACGUCGACGACAGCGGCGGACGUGCCCGAAUCCUUGAAGACUCUCGAAAGAUUACUUCAAACGGAUGCAAAGGAACGGACAGGCUCCAUCACCGAGGAGGAUGUCGGCUUUGAUGUCGACUUUGGCCCACACUCUCUCUUGGAUCUGGCUUCAUCCCAGGGGUCCCAAGAGUCGGAGGAUCUUGCUACGAGCGCGAGUUGCUCACAAACGGCCCAAGAAAGUCGGUCGCUUUCCAGCGAGGGACGGCAGUGUAGGCCAAAUGCCGCUGACGCAAGUAAACUAGAUGACAAGGACAAGUCCCGGCUCGAUCAUCUCCAUCGAUCCAUUUCCGCCUGCGAUAAUGUACUGCACUCGGUGGAGACGAACUUGGCCAGCUUCCGCCGCGACCUCGCCGCCGUAUCGGCCGAUAUCGAAUAUCUGCAGGCGAGAUCAACGGCCUUGAGCCGCCGCCUUCAGCACCGUCAGGAGGUGGAGAAGACUUUGAGUCCAUUCGUCGACGAGCUAUGCAUCUCUCCCGACAUCAUAUCGAAGAUAUCCACAGGCCACAUCGAUGAUUCAUGGGCAAAGAUGCUUUCCGUGGUUGACAAGAAAUCAGUCAUGCACGCCCGGAAGACCUCCUUGGGCGCUCCGCGUAGCAAAGCCUCCGAGGAGCUGGGACCCCUCCUAGAAAGGCUGACAAUGAAGGUACGGUGCCCGUCGGCUCGAUGGAGCGAGUUGAACAGAAGCGAUUUGCUCAUCACAGUCACGCAGGCCAUCGAGCGGGUUCGUGAUUUUCUCGUCGCUCAAAUCAAAGCUCUCCGAUCUCCUCACAUCAACGCGCAAAUCAUUCAGCAGCAAAACUUUGUCAAGUUCAAGGAUCUAUACACCUUUUUGCACAAGCAUCAUGGUACGCUUGCCGACGAGAUCUCUCAAGCUUACAUGAACACCAUGCGCUGGUAUUACCUCACCCAGUUUGGGCGCUACGACAAGGCAUUGGGGAAGCUCAAGGUUCACACGCUGGACAAGAACGACACCCUUGGCCAUGAAGACACGUCCCGAAUGGCGGCUGUGCUGUCGAGCUCGCGGGUUGCUGGCCCUCCGCACGACCCAUUCAACCUCGGGCAUCGAGCUGAUCUGCUCAAGGCAAAGAACCAGUCAGCCCUCUCGUCCUACUUGGCGGAGGAAGACCAGGCGACGCACUAUCUUGAGAUUCCCUUCCAGAACUUCAACUUGGCCUUGAUCGACAACGCCACGGCCGAGUACACCUUUCUCGUCGCCUUCUUCUCCCCCGCCCUGUCCAUUUCCCAGAUAUUGAGAAACUUCAAUUACAUUUUCGAGCCGACAUUUGACCUUGGUCGAAGGCUGAGCAAAUCCCUCGCCAGCGACAGCUUCGACGCCCUGGGGAUACUGUUGUGCAUCCGACUGAACCAGCAUGUGGCAUUUGAGCUGCAGCGGCGCAGAGUUCCUGCCGUAGACGGCUACGUCAACGGCACCAACAUGCUCCUCUGGCCGCGGCUGCAGGUCGUCAUGGACCGCCACUGCGAGUCGGUGAGGCUUCUGACGAACUCCCUGCCGGCCAAGCACCAUCGGUCCGGGGGGCAGUCCAAGCUGGCUGCCGCGCCUCAUGUCGUCUCGCAGCGCUUCGGCCAACUCCUGCAUGGCUUCCUCACGCUCUGCGCCGAGGCUGGCGAUGAUGAACCGGUCGCCGCUAGUCUCCAGCGCCUGCGAUCCGAGGUUGAGGCGUUUUUGAACCGCCUGAGCCUAUCAUAUGGCUCGGACAAGCGCAAGAGUGGACGGUUCCUCUACAACAACUAUUCUCUAAUACUCACCAUCAUCGGCGACGCCGAGGGUAAGCUCGCCGCGGCACAGCAAGAGCACUUUGAGCAACUUAAGUCGGCCCAUCAGGAAGAGUCGUGA